AUAUUGGAUUUGUCUUGGUUCCCACUAUAUUGGAUAUUGGAUUCAUUCUUAAUGCCUACUGAUAAUACAUUAGAUGUUAGAUUCAUUCUUGUGCUCAUUAAUAAUACAUUAGAUGUUGAAUUUAAAUUGG